CCACCCCUUACCAAGCCAGCUGUUCGCAUUACACAAGCAGCCGCUUUUUGAUUUUCCCUAUUUUUACCCGAGUUAUUUGAAUUAAAACCCCAAAAUGCCGUUCAUGAAGGGCCGCGAGCCCAUCCGCCGCACCCUGAAGUACCUGAACGCGGGCAAGCUGGUGCUCAAGGACAAGGUGCGCAUCUUCAGCGUCAACUACAACACGUACGGCGAUCAUCACGCGGGAGCCCGGGACUUCGUGUUCUGGAACAUCCCGCAGAUCCAGUUCAAGAACCCCGAGGUGCAGGUGCUCACGCUGAAGAACAUGACGCCCUCGCCCUUCGUGCGCUGCUACUUCGACGACGGCAGGGACAUGCUGAUAGACGUCGACGGGCGGAAGCGGGACGAGAUCAUCGAGCACCUGGUCCAGGUGGUGGGCAAGACCCGCGAGCAACUGGAUGCGGAGGCGCGCCUGAAGGAGAGCAAGGACAACCCGGCCAACUUCGGCUACGGAUGCGGCAGGCACUGCAUCUGCGAGAUCCCCGGCCAGGUGCCCUGUCCCGGCACCGUUCCGCUGCCCGACCACAUGCGCGGCAAGGUCAAGUUCGCGCCCAAAUAGUCCUCCGACGUUCUGAUUGUUCCUUUUUUAAUAAAUUAAUUGUAAAUUACA